AUGCUGCGGAAGCGAGCCCGGGAAGAAGACAAUGCGGUGCUGAUUGACAUGGCCUCCCUCGAACCAGGGAAUGAGUCCUCUUACGGAAGCACAGCCCAUGCUGCGGAGGCAGGUAAACAGCAGGUGGUGCCCAGCAGAGUUGGGAGCCCUGCCCAACCCCCGAUUGAUUUUGUUCUGGUUUGGGAAGAAGACCUGAGGAAUCAAGAGAGUCCUUCCCAGGACAAGACAGACACACAUGAGAUCUGGAGGGAGACCUUUCUGGAAAAUCUUCGUCUGGCUGGCCUGAAUGUAGACCAGCAUGAUGUCCAGGACAAGGCCACCACAGUUCACUACGUCCUCCUCAGAGCGCCCUGGGCUGUGCUCUGUUACUAUGCGGAAGACCUGCGCCUGAAGCUGCCUCUGCAGGAGUUUCCCAACCAGGCCUCCAACUGGUCGGCCACGCUCCUGGAGUGGCUAGGCAUCCCCAACAUCCUGCUGGAGCAGGUGCCGGACACGCCUCCUGAGUACUACUCCUGCCAGUUCAAAGCAAGCAAGCUGCGAUGGUUCCUUGGAAGUGGGAACCAGGACACCUUCUUCACCAGUACCAAGAGGCACCAGAUUCUGUUUGAGAUCCUGGCCAAGACUCAAUACGGCCAUGAGAAGAAAUGCUUCUUUGGGAUCGAUCAGCUGCUGGCAGAAGGUGCCUUCAGCGCUGCCUUCCCCCUGCAUGACGGCCCGAUCUCUGCAGUACCAGAGAACCCCACCCAGCGCCAAGUCUUACUCCAGCACUGGGCUCGCUGGAGCAAGUGGUGCAAGUACCAGCCACUGGACCACGUGCGUAGGUACUUCGGGGAGAAGGUGGCUCUCUACUUCGCCUGGCUUGGGUUUUAUACGGGUUGGCUCCUGCCUGCAGCUGUGGUAGGCACAGUGGUGUUCCUGGUGGGAUGUUUCCUGGUGUUCUCAGAUGUACCAACGCAGGAGCUGUGCCACACUUCUGAUGGCUUCGACAUGUGCCCACUCUGCCCCGACUGUUCUUUUUGGCUGCUCUCCAGUGCCUGCGCUCUGGCCCAGGCUGGGCGGCUCUUUGACCACGGUGGCACUGUUUUCUUCAGUCUGUUCAUGGCGCUAUGGGCAGUGCUGUUCCUGGAGUACUGGAAGCGGAAAAAUGCCACGCUGGCCUACCGCUGGGACUGCUCGGACUACGAGGACAUUGAGGAGAGGCCUCGGCCCCAGUUCGCUGCAAGAGCUCCGACGACAGCCCUGAACCCCAUCACUGGGGAAGAUGAGCCCUACUUUCCUGAGAAGCGCCGUGUACACCGCAUGCUGGCUGGCUCUGUGGUUCUCCUGAUGAUGGUGGCCGUGGUGAUUAUGUGCCUUGUGUCUAUCAUCCUGUACCGGGCCAUCAUGGCUGUCGUUGUGUCCAAGUCAGAAAAUGCCUUCCUUUCCGCCUGGGCUCCACGAAUCGCCAGCCUCACAGGGUCGGUGGUGAACCUUGUCUUCAUCGUCAUCCUCUCCAAGGUCUAUGUGGUCCUGGCCCAGGUCCUAACAAGAUGGGAGAUGCACCGGACGCAGACCGCAUUCGAGGAUGCCUUCACCCUCAAGGUGUUCAUCUUCCAGUUUGUCAACUUCUACGCCUCGCCGGUGUACAUCGCCUUCUUCAAGGGCAGGUUUGUGGGAUACCCAGGCAACUACCACACCUUGUUUGGAGUCCGAAACGAAGAGUGUGCGGCUGGAGGGUGCCUCAUUGAGUUGGCACAGGAGCUCCUGGUCAUCAUGGUGGGCAAGCAGGUCAUCAACAAUGUGCAGGAGGUCCUUGUCCCAAAGCUGAGGGGCUGCUGGCAGAAGUGGUACUCCAGGAGAAGGAAGGCUGGCACGGGGACCCAUCCAGCACCUUGGGAGGCUGACUACCAGCUGCUGCCUUGUGAGGGGCUGUUCCACGAGUACCUGGAAAUGGUGCUGCAGUUCGGAUUCGUCACCAUCUUUGUGGCCGCCUGCCCGCUGGCGCCGCUUUUUGCCCUGCUCAACAACUGGGUGGAGAUCCGCCUGGACGCGCGCAAGUUCGUGUGCGAGUACCGGCGCCCGGUGGCCGAACGCGCCCAGGACAUCGGCAUCUGGUUCCACAUCCUAGCCGGCCUCACACACCUCGCCGUCAUCAGCAACGCCUUCCUGCUGGCCUUCUCCUCGGACUUCCUGCCGCGUGCUUACUACCGCUGGACGCGCGCCCCCGACCUGCGCGGAUUCCUCAACUUCACGCUGGCGCGCGCGCCAUCCACCUUCGCCGCUGCACACAACCGCACUUGUAGGUACCGGGCUUUCAGGGACGAUGAUGGACACUAUUCCCAGACGUACUGGACUCUCCUGGCCAUCCGCCUGGCCUUUGUCAUCGUGUUUGAGCACGUGGUGUUUUCCAUUGGCCGUCUUCUGGAUCUCCUGGUUCCUGACAUCCCAGAGUCUGUGGAGAUCAAGGUGAAGCGGGAAUACUACUUAGCUAAGCAGGCCCUGGCUGAGAACGAGGCUCUUCUUGGAGCAAGCGGAGUGAAGGAUGACCAGCUCCCAAGCUCAGAGUCUGGGCCUUCCAGCCUAGGGUCUUAGAACUGGUAACCGCUCCUCCAUCUCUGAAGUCACAGUAGGGGUUACUGGAGGCUGAUGCACUUGCCUGGAAGCCGGCUGAAGAUGCACUCGGAGCCAGUUCAUUGUGCAUGUGCUGCUUGUAUUGGUUAAUGGGAAAAGAAACCGCCUUGGCCUGAUAGGGCAGAAUUUAGGUAGGCGGAGAGGAUUGGACUGAAUGCUGGGAGGGAGAAGGGCAGGUAGCCAGUUGUCUCUGUCAUUUGUACUCCUGGCCCCGACUCAACUUAUCCCCUAUGCUUGGUUUAGAAUAACCAUGGCCCUUGGCUGCCACUGUCUUCAGCUCACACAUACUGCUUGGUUACCACCUCUACUAGAUAUUCCUAAGGCCACCCAAAUGGAGACAGCUGUUAGCCUUUAGGAAGCUAUCCCCUACUGCCAUUCCCAAGUCCCAUGAGCCAAUGAUUUCAAGGCAAAAGGGCAUAUGAAGGGCUUCUGUAGCUCUCAUAUUUAUAGUACUGGCCACUGGACUCAGAGCACCUGUCCUUCCCUUGCCUCAGCCAUGACUUUCUCUUGUCCCCAAUAGGGAGGAUCCCUGUUUCCUGUCCCUAAACCAAAGACUAAGGGUCCUCUGUAUGCAUUCCUGAAUCUUAGUGACCAGGAGGUGGCUUUACUAUUGACAUAUCCUUCCCUCCCCCACCCCUAUCCAUUGGCAUAACUCUUCUGUAAACUGAGCAGGUUAGACUCUGGGGUCCCUGCCAUUCCUUGUGAUAGUGUAGGGUCAGGUCACCCCUCCAGACCCACCCUCUGCCUUUCCUCACAUGGCCAGUAGACAUCUGCACAUCUGGCUCUCAGACCUGAUACAUCCCAGGCCACAGCUUGCACCUGCUCUUCCUUUCAUACCCAAUUACCUAAGACCUCUGGGUUCUCUCUUGUCUUGGCCUCUUUAUCCUGACAGAUCAAGGCCCCUGCAGUAUCUAUCCCCUUUGUCUCCUGUGCUUUCCAGUGCUGGGUCAGGGAUUCAGCACACAGCAAGCACAGAACGGGCAAGGCUGUGGAAUGAAGCCUUACCCCUUAUAGUGGAAGCAGGAAGGACAAAACAAGACACAGAAAACAGAUUUCUGGGAUACCUAGUGGGUCUUUCCUAUUUUCUCCCCUUUCUGUUACUUUUCAGACUGGGUACAAUUUGGGCCGUUCCCUCCUGUUGCUUGCCUUCUGUUAGCUGGGUUAACUGAUGGUUAAUUGCCAGUUAUUUCCUAACUUAGCUGCCCACUCAUGAUGGGACCCAGGCCUUUCAGUCACACUGGAAUAAAGGUCUCAGUCACUCUCACCUGUGCUUAUUUCUGUAGGGUUCUCGGCUGCGAC